CAUUAGGGCGGGGCGGCUGCUGCUGCUACAGGGAUACCAAGAUGGAAAUCCAGGGGCUUUCUGAUGCCCAAAACAUCCACUCUCAACAUGGCGCCCUCCACAGAAGCGAUCCGGCUGCCCUCCGCUCCGCCGUAGCCUUGUUGCCGCCAUUGAAUUCAUUAGGAAAUGAGACAGUCAGCCCGCUGGAGCCGCCGGAGCCCCGCAGCGACAGCAACAACAACGCCAGGCCGAAGAGCGCUCCGUUUCGCCUGCUGGGGGAAAAUGGCAGCGGGGGGGCUGGUUCACCAACAACCAGACCAGCAGCCGAGGACCGGGCGCCUCUGGGGCUUCAUAACGUGAUGGACGCCGAGAAAGAGAACGUGUUCGGCGCCCUUCUGGGCUCCCAGGACUUGAGCAGAACCGAGUGGAGGUUUGAGGACAGCGGGGAGGCGAUGCAGAUGGCGCUGUUCGACGGAGAGGCGGAAGCUCCGGGGUCACGGCAGCAGCGCGAGGCUGACGGCGAGCCGGGGAGGAAAGCUGAAAGGCGGCCGCAGGAGCAGUUUGCUGCGUUAAAGGGCGACCGAGCAGAGGCGGGGGGCUCCGGGAGCAGAGCCCCGGCGGAGGGAGGCGGUGACAGCCUGUGCUGUGCGGGGCCGCAGACACUAAAGAGGGCCGAUCUCAGCUUAGUGAGCGAGGAUCCGGACCGCCACACCGUGGAAGAUGUUGUUCUCACCAACAAAUAUGGCGACAAGAUCUGUGGGCAGAUCUGCACGGAAAACGGCGAGGAGAGCCGAGCGGAGCCGGAAGCGGCGCUGAUCCCGCGGGAAGCCAUGGAGGCAGCGGGAGCUGAGGACAGCGGCCCUCCUGCCGGGGACACCUUCUCCGGAACCAUCACCAUCAACAACCAAAGCAUCAUCGUUACUAUUGAGAACGGGGUCCUGACUCUGGCGGCCCCUCCUGAGGGGUUUGUCCACAAAGAGGACGACAUGGUGAGCCUGAAGGAGCAUCUGGGCAUGAAGGACCAUGAGGACAUUGUCCUCCUCAACUAUGACAGUGGGACUAAAUCUAUCGGGAAGAUCAGCACCCUGGCAGCGGCCAGCCAGCAGCAGGAGCCCAGACCUGACUCUGAGCUGGCCCCGCUGGAGGAGGACUGCUCCCUACCACAACUGGGCCCUUCACUGGACUCCUGCUCUGUUGUGAAGCAGGAAGCUGGGGAGCUGUGCGUGGUGACCGAGGCGGACCUCAUCGCUCCAUCCCCAAAAGCCCCGGCGGGGGGGUGUAACAGCGAAGAGUCCCUGCAGCUCAUCAGAUCCAGGAAGGACGCUGCAGCCACCUUUACCUGCCCAGAACCAGGCUGCUCCUCUGCCUUCGACUCUCGGCAGAAGCUGAAGGUCCACCUGCUGAACCACACAGAGGAACCGCGGCCGUACCAGUGCAGUGUGGAGGGCUGCGGCUGGGCCUUCGCCACCUCCUACAAACUGAAGCGCCAUAUCCAGUCCCAUGACAAGCAGAGACCUCACACCUGUGAGUUUGAGGGCUGCGGCCGCAGGUUCACCACCGUCUACAACCUGAAGGCUCACGUCAAGGUCCACGAGCAGGAGAACGCCUUCAUCUGCGAGGUGUGCAGCGAGAAGUUCCGCAGCGCCACCCGCCUCACCAAUCACCAGAGGGUCCACUUCGCUCCACAGAGGCCGCACAAGUGUGAAUACCCUGGCUGUGAGAAAACCUUCAUCACCUUCAGUGCACUCUUCUCCCACAAUCGCACUCAUUUCAGAGAAACGGGCCAGUUCUCCUGCACUUAUCCGGGCUGCAACAAGACGUACGACAAGGCCUGUCGGCUCAAAAUUCACAUGAGAAGUCACACAGGGGAGCGUCCCUUCGUCUGUGACUCGGAGGACUGCGGCUGGUCUUUCACCAGCAUGUCAAAGUUGCUCCGACAUAAACGGAAGCACGAUGAUGACCGGCGCUUCGUCUGUCCAGUGGAGGGAUGUGGGAAGUCUUUCACCAGGGCGGAGCACCUGAAGGGUCACAGCAUCACCCACCUGGGCACCAAGCCCUUUCAGUGCCAUGCAGAAGGUUGUUAUGCCAAAUUCUCCGCACGCAGCAGCUUGUACAUUCACUCCAAGAAGCAUAAGCAGGAUGCCAGCUCCCUGAGAACCCGCUGCCCGGUGGCCAACUGCUCCAAGCACUUCUCCUCCCGCAGCAGCCUGAAGAGCCACAUGCUCAAACACCACCACCUCAGUCCUGAUGUUCUCAGCCAGAUGGAGACCACCCCCUCCCUGACUCCCAGCAGCGAGCUGAUCAGCUCCGCCCACUCGUCGGUUGCCGGGCCCGGAGGCGCCGGGCAGGACCAGCUGUCCAACCUGGACCUCAGCUCUCUGUUCUCCUCGGUCCCAGCUGGUGCCGCGCCGAGUGCCGGCAUAGAGGCAGGCCUCCCUGUGGCCGGCAGCGGCUCCAGUGGCGCCUUCACCAUGGAUCUGUCUCUGGUCAGCUCAGGGAUUCUAACCAUAGACCCGUCCUCCAUGGGCGCCACACUUGUUAGCGGAACCACGUUGGCCAAGCCUUUGGACCCUCUUGUCUUGGCUCCUGGUGCCGAGCUGACUCAUCAACACGGACUGGAGGGGGCGGUGGGGGGCGUCCUCCCCCCACAGGGAACCCUGAACCUGGACGACGUGCAGACGGUCACCCCAGAGGCCCUGGGGACGCUGGCGGCCCUGACCAUGCAGGGCGCCUCGGUGGACCCCGCCCUGCAGCACCCGCUCGGCUCCUCCGGCGGCAUGGCGGUGGAGCCCUCGGCCGCCUUGGCUGUGGCCCCGGUCCCCGAACUCCUGGCCUCGCCCUCCAAAGUGGUGGAGGUGGGGGGGCAGGGAGGCGCGGGUCACCUGCUGGGCUGUGUGGAGGUUCUGGGUCCGCAGGACGGGGGGAAGGUUCUGACCUCUCAGUUUGUGUUCCCCAGCAGCAGCUUCAGCCCUCAGAAGGACCUGGAACUUUCCGUGUCUCCAAGCAGCUUCCUGGACAGCGGCGGUUCUGCUCGGACCGACUACAGAGCCAUCCAGCUGGCCAAGAAGAAGAAGCAGAGAGGUUCCUCAGCCACGCCUGGUUCCUGUCAGAGAAAAGCUAAAGUUCCAAAGGUUUCUGUGACAUCAUGCGCUGCUCGUUACAGUGACGGAGCUGUAGCAGCCAGCGGGGGUCUGACCCUGAGGGACCCCGUCACGGGGACUCAGUAUGUCCAGAUUCAGCUUCUGCAGGAUGAUCCAGCCAGCGAUGGCGACCUGGCCUUCCAGCUGAGCUCCCAGCCUUCCAGCUCCGACUCCCAGCUCACCGUCGACCUGCCUGUCAACAUUUUACAGGAACCCUCGGUGAUGCCGGAGGACGACAACGGCUCUGAUAAUUCCCAGUUCACAGGAAGCACCAUCAACCUCCAGGACUUGGAAUAACGCCUCCCCCGGCCAGCGGCAUGCUGGGAGAUCCCCGUACGGUUAACGGGAGCAGACCAGCCCUUAGGACUCCUCUGAACCGUCGCCUUUUCGAGGGGUUUGGACUCUCAUGAUUGGUUGGAGAUGUUUCCACAGAAGAUGCACCUUCAGAUGAUCAGAGACGGUUUCUGUGCUUUUAUUGAACCCAAAACUGAGGGCGCCAUCCUCGACGCCACGGCGCCAGCGCUCCAGUUGCCUUACAGACGCAGCUCUCCUGCUUUGUUUCAUAGCACCAUCAGCCUGAGGAAGAUGCCUGAUCACGUGUUUGAUGUACAGCGAGGUUUGAAGCCUUGGUUUGUUUUUUAUUUAUUGAAAUCUGUUCGUUUCCAGGUUGGCUGAGCCAAACGUUCAUGAAUAAAAGUUUCAAAGCACAA